AUGGCAGAUAACGUGAGAUCCGUCAGCGUUGUACCUAUAGUCAAAGUGAAGCGGGAGCCCCUGUCCGAGGAAGAAGACGAGGAAGCGGUGUCUUGCAAGUUAUGCUGCAAGAACUUCGCCAACGAGGUGGCUCUGAGGAACCACGCCAGGAUGGAGCACAUGGACGCCUACGCAAAUGGCGACCCAUUGCUCUGGACUAACGUCACCCCGCCAAAGAAGAGCAUAACGUACGUAAAGGAGGAGGGGGUCGAGCAGAGGACGAAGGAGCUGAUCGCCAGCAUGGAGGCGACCAGCAUCAUGCGGCUGGCCUCCAAGGACGUGAGCUACAUCAUAGUCAAGUCCGAAGAUGGACCGGAGCCUGCUAAGAAGAAGAGGGGAGAUAGAGACAAGAGGGAGAAGCAGGCGAAAGCGGCCACGCCCAGGAAAGAGAGGGAGGCGCAGCCGAUAACCGGUCCGUUCGAGUGCCUGCAGCCGUCGGCGCUGGUGGCGGACGGCACCUGCCACCGCAUCUUCUUCUCCUGCUGCGAGUACUCGCUGCACUACCGCGACGAGCACACGCGCCGCCGCAGGGGGCCCAGGUGCCAGGUCUGCGAGAAGCCGCUCGCGCUCGCCGCCGGCCCCGACAAGCCCCACGGCUGCGACACGUGCGGCGCGGCGUUCGGCAGCGCGGAGGAGCUGAGCGCGCACGCGGGCUCGCACGUGCGGCCGAAGCCGUACGAGUGCGGCGAGUGCCGCAAGCGCUUCACGCAGCUGGCGGGGCUGCAGCAGCACUCCAGGAUGCACUCGGGCCUGCGCCCCUUCGGCUGCCCCGUCUGCCCCAAGAGCUUCACGCAGAAGUCCGGCCUGGAGCAGCACCUGCGCAUCCACACCAAGGUGCGGCCGUACCGCUGCGUGGUGUGCGCGAAGAGCUUCAGCCAGUCGGUGCACCUGAAGCAGCACAUGCGCACGCACACGAACGUGGCGCCGUUCCAGUGCGGCAUCUGCGAGAAGAGGUUCAAGCAGAGCAGCCACCUCAACUACCACCUGCGCUGCCACGACCCGGCCGCGAUGAGCGACGAGCAGAGGGCGAAGUACGCGCGGCUAGCGGGGGUGCUCUCGCGCGCGGGGGAGGGGGCCGCCGUGGAGGCCGUGGACGCCGCGGAGGCUGUGGAGACCGUGGAGGCCGUGGAGUCCAUGGAGGCCAUGGAGGCCGUGGAGGUCGUAGACGCGUCGGAGACGUGGUGCGUCACCCUGGCG